UUUAUCACGGUGGUAGGUUUUCGUUAAUAAUUUGAAACAACAGCUUGCGAGGAAGAACAACCCUAAAUAGCCAUGGCAAACGAGAGAUACUCCAGGAGCAACAGGGACGAUCGUGAUUCGAGUGUGGAUCGUUCGCCGGAGCGUGAAGGCAGACACCGGAACCAAGUCCGUGAUCGCGAUGGCGACUCGAAGCGUCGCGAUUCGGAUCAUUAUCGGCCGUCGAGGCGCGACGAUAGGGAGGAAGAGAGAGAUAGAGGUAAGGAUAGAGCUCGGGACAGGGAAGGGAGUAGAGAUAGGGAUAAGCAUCACGAGAGGUCUAAGGAUAAGGAAGGGAGGAGCAAGAGGAAAGAGAGAGAGGAAGAGAAUGAGAAUAGGGAAGGGAAGAAGAAAUCUAGGUUUGCUGAUGGGAGUAGUGAGAGGAGAAGCAGCGUUGAGGAUGUAGCUGAGGGGUCUGGGGCCAUGAACGGAGCUUCUGGCGUCGAGAUUGAGGGCGCAGCUUCAUAUAGUUCUACUGCAUUGGAAACAACUUCACUGGCCCCUAGACACACCCUGCCCACUAAGGUAUCUUCGAUAUCUACAAAGGAUGAAAAUAAGGGAGUUAGUAAUGUCAGGUCUCAUGAGGUUCAUGGAAAAUCUAGUACAGAUGGAAGAACAUCGUCAACAGCUGGGGAAAGUAGCGCAAGCUCGUCUCUUGAUGCAUUAGCGAAAGCUAAGAAAGCCAUAGAGCUUGGAAAGGGAAUUGCGGAUAGAUUUAAGAAGCUUUCUUCGAUGAACCAGGGUACUAAGUCAACUUCAGAAGGUAGUUCACAUACCAGAUUGCAAUCAUCGACUACCACUCCUGCUGUAUCUGCAGGAACAUCUUCUGCUUCAGCACUGUCACAUGCUGUCUUCCCUGGCCCUGAGAGUACUUCCAACAUUGAAGCUGUUAGGAAAGCUCAGGAGUUGGCAGCAAAGAUGGCAUUCCGUCAUGAUCCAAAGUUCUCUUCAACUCUCAAUUAUUUCUCAGGACAGGCACCCACAGAGACAAUGGCUGUUACACAGAAACCGACCAAACCCCCUGUUCUGCGUGUGGAUGCACUUGGAAGGGAGAUAGAUGAAAAUGGGAAUGUGAUUAGUGUGACUAAACCAAGCAAUCUUAGUACAUUAAAGGUUAACAUCAACAAACAGAAGAAAGAUUCUUUUCAGAUUCUUAAACCCCAACUGGAAGUAAAUCCAGAAGAAAACCCCCAUUUUGAUCCAAGGAUGGGUAUUGAUAAAAACAAGAUUUUGAGACCAAAACGUAUGAGUUUUGAGUUUGUUGAGGAAGGCAAAUGGACUAGGGAUGCUGAGAGUCUGAAGUUAAAGAGUCAAUUUGGUGAAGCAAAAGCAAGAGAACUGAAGGUGAAGCAAGCCCAUCUGGCUAAGGCCAGUGAUGGUAUCAAUCCAAAUUUGAUAGAAGUAUCCGCACGUGCCCCGAGAAAAGAGAAGCCCAAGGAAGUAAUCCCAGAUGUCGAGUGGUGGGAUGCAAGUGUCCUCACCAGUGGGAUAUAUGGCGACAUAGCUGAUGGUAUCAUUACCGAUAACGACCUGAAGAUAGAAAAACUCACACAUUACAUUGAGCAUCCGCGUCCCAUAGAGCCACCUGCAGAAGCAGCGCCUCCACCACCCCAGCCUCUUAAACUGACAAAGAGGGAACAGAAGAAGCUGCGAACCCAGAGGCGUCUAGCAAAAGAAAAGGAGAAACAGGAGAUGAUCAGACAAGGUUUGCUUGAACCACCAAAAGCAAAGGUGAAAAUGAGCAACCUGAUGAAGGUUCUUGGGCCUGAAGCAACACAAGACCCAACCAAGCUUGAAAAGGAGAUCCGCACAGCAGCUGCCGAACGUGAGCAGGCUCACGUGGACAGGAACACAGCAAGGAAGCUAACUCCUGCAGAGAAACGUGAGAAGAAAGAGAGGAAGUUCUUCGACGAUCCAACAACAACGCUGGAGACAAUAGUGUCGGUGUACAAGGUCAACAAGCUUUCUCAUCCUAAAACUCGAUUCAAGGUGGAGAUGAAUGCAAGACAGAACAGAUUGACGGGAUGUAGUGUGAUGACCGAGGAUAUGAGUGUGAUUGUGGUGGAGGGCAAGAGUAAAGAGAUAAAGAGAUACGGGAAGGUUAUGUUGAAGCGGAUAAACUGGGAAGAGGCGGUGAAGAAGGAAGGAGAGGAAGAAGAUGAAGACGAAGAGGAGAAUAGUGAAAAUAACAAGUGCUGGUUGGUUUGGCAAGGAAGCUUUGCGAAACAGAGUUUCCGUAGGUUUCAUGUACAAGAGUGCUUAACGGAAUCAGCUGCCAAGAAAGUAUUCAGUGAUGCAGGUGUCGCUCACUACUGGGAUCUCGCUGUCAACUACACAGACGACUAAAUCAUUCCUUAGUGUAUUCUGUCAAUUGCUAUAAUGUCUCUGGUACCGUUACUUCUUAUCUUCUCUCAUCAUCCAUCACCUUGAAACUGCUUUAACUACUACACAUGUUUUGUGU